AUGGCAUUUCGAAGGUCCUAUCUAAAGCAAAUAAGAACAUGUAAAGAAUAUAAGGCCGAGCUGGAGAAGGAGAACUAUCAUCUUCAUAGUGAAUUGCAAACAGAAGUUGAUAGUAAUCAUCAGAAUGAAAGACGAUUUAAUCAGCUGAAGCGAGAUUAUUCCCAAUGUGAGCAAGAAAUCCAGACCCUUAAUAGGAAGAUAGAACGCCUUGAGAAUGCUUCGAAAGAAGAGAUAGUAGAAUUGAAGUCUGAAAUCUCCAGUCUAAAAACUCAGCUAUAUCAAG